AUGCCUGUGAGGUGUGUCCUGAGAGUUUUGAAAGAAAACGAUCAGACUCUAUUUUGUCUUGUAGGUGCCCUGGGACCUGGAGUUCCCCACAUCAUUAACACCAAACUGCUGAAGCACUUUACGUGCUUGAUCUACAACAAUGGCAGUUUGCGGAACUUAAUUUCAGACUCAAUGAAGGCAAAGAUCACCGCCUAUGUGAUCAUACUGGCUUUGCACAUAAACGACUUCCAGAUUGACCUGACGGUGUUACAGAGGGACUUGAAGCUCAGUGAGAAAAGGAUGAUGGAGAUAGCGAAAGCCAUGAGGCUGAAGAUCUCUAAAAGAAGGGUUUCUCUGGCAGUGGGCAGGGAGGAGGAUCACAAACUGGGCACCCUGUCCAUCCCACUGCCCCCAGCCCAGGCCUUGGACCGUCAGUCAAAGCGGAGGAAAAUCACCUAGAGGUGUGCUUUCCAGACAGAGCAUUUUGGCCACAUCAUAGCCACUCCUUCUAUCCAUUUGCAUUUUUAUUUGUAAAGAAAGAGGGAUAAAGAAGCCGUGCUUUGGCACGGGUAUGAAGCCAGAAGUCAGCCUAUCAGUUGUGCUGGUCUUAAGCAGAAACAUAAAGUGUUGGCCCUAUUGGACUCCACCUCCCUCCUUUGGUGUCUCUGUGGUUGUAAAUGGCAGAUGGUUCGUGUGUGGGAUGUGGGAGGGUGGGCCUGGGUUAGGCGGAGGCAAAAGAUCUCACAGGCUGAACCUUGGACCACAUCUGACGGAUAAAGGUUAAUAAAGAGAAAUGUGAA